GCCAUGCGCGAAAUCACCUACCUCGUCCAGUCGCACUCGCUCGACCUCGUCAUCGAGACGCGCGACGCCCGCCUCCCGCUGUCGAGCAUCAACCCGGCCUUUGAGCGCCUCCUCGCCGAGCAGGCAGGGCGCAGCUUUGGCGCCGCACCGGGAGCGACCGGCGGCAUGGCAAAGACCAAGCGCCUCAUCGUGUACAACAAGGCCGACCUCGCCCAGGACUGCUUCCAGGAGGUGCGCUCCCUCUCCCUUGGCAUGGCGAAACGACCCAUGGAGGGCCCGGACGACAAGAUCAACAUGCUCGUCGCCGGCAUGCCCAACGUCGGCAAGUCGAGCAUCCUCAACGCCCUGCGUCGCGUCGGCGUCAAAAAAGGCAAAGCCGCCUCGACCUCGUCCGAGCCGGGCCACACUCGGCGCCUGUCGACCGUCAUCAAGAUCGCGACGUCGCCGCCCGUCUACAUCUACGACACGCCGGGCAUCAUGGUGCCGUUCCUCGGGCGCGGCGUCGCCGGCCAGGAGGCGGCCCUCAAGCUCGCGCUCACGGGCGGCAUCAAGGAGAGCCUGUUUGAGCGCGAGGUCCUCGGAGAGUACUUGCUGUGGCGGUUGCGGAUACGGUCCGAGAUGCGCGACGAGGGGUGGCGAGACUCCGACCUCCUCGACCGCCUCUCGCUCCCCUCUUCGACCUCGCUCGCCGACCCGACCGCCUUCUUCACGGCGCUCGCGGCGCGCCUCUCUGCCGUCCGGCGCGGCGGCCACCCGGACGUCGAUUUCGCCGGCAGGUGGCUCGUGCAGGCGUUCCGCGAGGGCAAGCUCGGGCGGUGGACGCUCGACGGGCUCGGGCGCGGGGGCGAGGCGGUCGACGAUGCGCGCGAG